CAAACAUACAGAAGGGGGAGCGACUCUGGCGUUUAAAAGCCUGUGGGUGAGCAGUUUUUUUGUGAGGGACCGAUGCACGUGCCGCGCUUACAGCGGCCAGAUAUUCGUUUUGUUUGUACUCAACGGCGGCAGAAAACGAGAGAAAGUUGAGUCGUGAAAUUGGAGUCACCAUCUAUCACCAUCACAAGACUCGUCCAGACUCCCACGCCUAGCCGGCAACUGGCAACUACGGGAGAUAAAUAGCUGGUGGAAUUACCUGGCCAGAGCAGACGUGUCUGUAGCGUAUUUAAAACAGCUCGGAGCUUGAGAACAUUGAGUAGCUUGCCCAAAGAGUAAAGAAGGUCGUCCAGAAGAAAAUAGAAUACACAAAAUGACGUUACUAGCAGCCUGUCUUAUGUUUGUGGCCGUGACGUCACUGUGCGAGCUGUGUAUGGCAGCCAGCAAGCCAGGACACAAGAACAGCGCGCCCUUAUCAUUAGUAAAAAUCAUGGAUCACUUUAAACACCAAGAUCACGUCAAGCUUCGAUCCCGGCGGUCAGAGUUCGACAACAGAAUCGAUACCUUCCCCGACCACCCCGUCUACUUCUCCCCGCGGGGCUACGACCUCCCCCACUUCCCCAGGAACACCAAAGACGCCCCCAGGCACCACCUCCAGGAUCUCCUUCUGCCCCCCUCCCACUUCGAGAUGGACGACCCCAAGAUGGAGGACUUCGAACCCUUGGACCCCGACUUCCUCCUUAAGUUACCGAAGUCCCUGGAUGGGUUCCAGAAACCGUCAGACUGUGGGGAAUCUUUUAAGGGCGACGUCGACCCGGCGUUAGCUGAUAUCGUGUUAUCGGAGGAGGCGAUGAAGAUGGGCGAAAAGACAAUGGACGAGUUUAUGACGUUUUUGGAUUUGAAAGCUAGCGGAGCUCUAGACAAAUGUCUGCUGCCAGUCAAGUAGAAGGUCGUGGGUUCGAAACCUUCGGAAGUCGAGACAAAGCUCACAAGCAUGCGCAGUCGAGCUGUCAAGAUCUUUUAUAAGAAAUUAAAAAAAAAACUUUAAGCUGGGAUUUUAAAAACAACAACAGAUAAUGUUUAAAUGGUUCAAAUAAAAUGGUUAUAAAUUGAACGAAAUAAUCAGAUUUAAUGUUUUUUUACGACUAUUAUCAAGCUGGAGAUAUAGAGGAACGCCUUGAAUGUUCAGCUCAGUCUAAGAAGUUUCGUACAGGAAUAUAAUUUGGAUGAACAUUUGAAUUCUCUUUUUAGUUACUCACAAAUGAUGUAAUAAAGUAUGUUUAAGGGAAUAAAAAUAUUGUUCCU